AAUGAUUCUCGGUGAUAUGCCAUUGGAAAUCAUCCGAGAAAUCCAUAAAGGGUUAAAACCUACGGAUCUUGUUAAUUCAGCUUUAAGUAAUAUCGAUGUGAUGAGAGUUAUCGUAGAUAUGAUUCCAAAAAUCCGUGCUAUAAAGAUUGGAAUCACAAGUGAGAAAUUGAAUGGAAAAUGUGAUGGAGACGAAUUUGAGCUUCAUAUUCCAAAAGUAAAUCGAGAAGAAAUUCAAGAACUUUUACAUUUUCUAAUGCCACAAAUAGUUAACGAAAUUCAUUCCCUUCAAUUGGAAAAUGAAUUAGUCGGCGACGAGAUUUCUGAUGAACAGCUAGCUCAACUGCUCCAAUUGACAAAAAAUGCUCCACUAAAGCAACUGGCACUAUCUGAAAUUGAUUUGGAACGAAUAAAUACAUGGACUCUCGCUUUACUUGCUGGUUAUGAUAAGCUUGAGAAAGUUGAGAUUGAAGGAUGCAAUUUGGGAGGUGACACUGAAGCAAAGUUGCUCAGAUGCUUUCAGGCAUCUUUCCAGACUCUUACUCAAAUUGAUUUGAAAGGGACUUCACAGAUCACAGAUCACUUCUCCCAACGCGUUUCCCGUUCAUGCCCGAAUCUUGCGUACUUCAGGAUCUCCGACUGCCCACGAGUUACCACUCUAUCGGCUCUUCCAUUCAUCGAAUCGACCGCAUUUCGUCUAUCCGACAAACUUGAUGUGCACAUGGACAAUACUGAAUUCGAUGCGAAUCAACUUCAAAACUUUAUGAGAUCUCCACUUUUUGGAUCACAAUCUGCUGAAUGGAGUCUCAAGCCAGUUGUUGUUCCUCUUGGUUACGAUAAGCCGGCUGUUCUUGCUCUCCACUCGAGCAGGAAAUGUGUAUUAAUUUUUGUUUGAGAUUUUAUGUUCUCUUGGUCUUUUGAACAAGAAAAAGAGUUCCAUAGCUUAAAAAAGCAUUGUAGUAUUUGUACAUUACCCGUUCAGUUUACUUAAAUUCGAAAACUUGUAAUUUUAGCUCCGAAAAUACGGUGUCCGGUCUCGAAUCGACUGGUUUUCUCAUGCGCGCCUUUAAGGGGUACUAUAGUAUCUUUAAAAUGUAUUAAUAACAUGUGAGAACUUUUUGAAAUAUAUCAAAGUUUGAAUAAAAUGCAAAUUCUGCUAUAAAAAAGAGUUGUGAACUACAGUAACCUCCUUAAAAGCGCACGCUUUUCUGAAUUUAAUUCGUUUCGAGACCUGGUAAAUAUUUUGUGGAGCUAAAAUCGCACGUUUUCGAUUCUGUGUAAUACUAUGUAUUUAAAAUUGUAAAUUCCUGGUGUACCUUCAAUUGUAUUAUUCUAAAACUAUGUGUCUAUUCUUAAUAUGUAAAAACUAGUAAUAAUGAACACAUUUUUU